AUGGCAGUCGUGGAAUCCUGCCUAGAAGGUCUCUGUAAGCCAGACCCCAGGAUCUACAAGCUGUGCUUGGAGCGGCUCGGCCUGCAGCCUUCUGAGUCCAUUUUUCUGGAUGAUCUUGAACUGAAUAUAAAAGCAGCCGCCAGCCUUGGCAUUCACACCAUUCAGGUUGAUGACCCAGAGACUGCCGUAAAGGAAUUAGAAACCCUUUUGGGCUUUACAUUGAGAAUGGUUAUUCCAAACACUAGCCCUGUGAGAAAGACAGUGGAGAUUCCACGAGAUUCCUUGGAGAAGUACCUCAAAGACUUACUGGGGACCCAAAGCACAGGCCCAUUGGAACUCCUCCAGUUUGAUCGUGGGCAGUCCAAUCCAACCUACUACAUCAGGCUCAGCAACCACCAGCUGGUUCUGAGGAGGAAACCCCCGGGGACACUCGUUCCAUCCAGCCAUGCAGUGGAGAGGGAGUUCAGGAUAAUGAAAGCCCUUGCCAAUGCUGGAGUGCCUGUCCCCAAAGUUCUUGGCCUCUGUGAAGAUUCAGGGGUCAUUGGCACUCCCUUCUAUGUGAUGGAAUACUGCCCAGGCCUCAUCUACAGAGACCCCUUUCUGCCAGGCUUGGAGCCCAGCCAGAGGUGGGCCAUAUACACUGCCAUGAACAGAGUCUUGUGCAAAAUUCACAGUGUGGACCUCAAGGCUGCAGGCCUAGAAGACUAUGGGAAACACGGGGACUAUAUUCCACGGCAGGUGCAAACCUGGAUUCAGCAGUAUCGAGCCUCAGAAACCAGCACCAUCCCCGCGAUGGAGAGGCUUAUCCAGUGGCUGCCCCACCAUCUUCCCAGGCGACAGAAUACGACGGUGGUGCAUGGGGACUUCAGGUUGGACAACCUGCUGUUCCAUCCAGAGAAGGCUGAGGUACUUGCUGUCCUUGACUGGGAGCUCUCUACCUUAGGUGACCCCCUUGCGGACGUGGCCUUCAGCUGCCUGGCUCACUACCUGCCAUCCAGUGUUCCCGGUUCCCUGCUGCGAGGUUUGCGUGACUGUGAUUUCACUCAGCUGGGCAUCCCUACCGCAGAGGAGUAUUUCAGGAUGUACUGCCAUCACUCGGAGAUCCCUCCCCCCGAGGACUGGAACUUUUACAUGGCUUUCUCCUUUUUCCGCAUGGCUGCAACCCUGCAAGGAGUCCACAAGCGCUCGCUCCCAGGGCAAGCAAGCUUGGCAGCCCCCGAACAAAAUGAAAAGCUGACUGAAUAUAUGUCUAACCUGGCCUGGGAUUUUGCAGUCAAAGAAGGGUUCCGGGUUUUCAAAGAGAUGCCAGCCACAAAACCACUAGUGAGGUCCUGCCACACUGCCUGGUCACAGCCCCUGCUGAGCACCCCCGGCGCGAGCAGUUACAUCGUCUUCGCAGACUCUUCCCCAGCUCAGGCCUCAAAGGGAGCUCUGGUUAUCUGUCCAGAGGGCCUUUCCCCACCACUCAGGGGGCUGUAUCUGUGACUGCGGCACCCCUCUGAGUCAGAGCUGUGGACUCACCAAGCCUCAGUGGGGACGCACCCCUUCCCUGCCGAUGGAACACCUCAACGGAGAGUUGGUAAGAUGUCAUCGACACGGCAGAACCUCAGCUCACUGACUGGACACAUCUGUUCCCCUCAGAGGCAGGGAAGAGACGGGAGGGCCGAGGUGAAUUAUCUUUGCUUUCCAUCACUGUCGGGAAGAGCCAGCUCUAAGAUGCCUCAGUUUUCACUUCAUGGCUCUUUCUGUGAGACCGCGUCCUCGCCGGGUAACUCAGCCCCGGCCGAGGACCUGCCACGUCUGUGGUUCGUGCCCCUGGAACACCUGGGCUCGUUAUUUUAUGCAUAUUUGUAUUAUGUAAAUUUGAAGCCGUGUGAAAUAAAAUGCAUCAGUUCAUAAAGUC